AUGGGUUCAUUCAUGGAGCAUGUUCUGCCAGGAACGCUGUUUCUAGCAGUGAGUUUGUGGCACAUAUGCAGCGCAGUGGUGAGAUUUGUGAUGAACCCAAAGGGGUUUCAGGUUCGGGUUUUGAACCCAGUGUCUGGUUUUGAUGGAAGGCUUAGAUACUUGGAGCUUUAUGUGGUGGCAAUCGGAGCUUUUAUUGAUAUGUGCAUAGAGUUUUUGUAUUCAACUCAUCUCAAGUUCUUUGUGAAUGGGGUCUUGAACCCAUCUCACACGAAUGACUUUGAGCACUCUGGGAUGCUUCUCAUGUUCUUUAUUUUCGGGGUCGUCGCCUUGUUCUCCCAGCAAACCGGGCUUGUUCAAAACUGA